AUGGGCCUGACUUCUUCGGAGCUCUCAGGAAAUGACGAAGAGGGCCCCCUGUGCUGCCCCCACCCUGGCUGCCGCCUCAGGGCCCACGUGAUCUGCCUUGCAGAGGAGUUCCUGGAGAAGGAGCCAGGGCAGCUUCUGCCCCUAGAGGGUCAAUGCCCUGGCUGUAAGAACUCACUGCUGUGGGGAGACCUGAUCUGGCUGUGCCAGAUGGGCACCGAGGAGGAAGAAGAGAACUUGGAAUUAGAAGAGGAACACUGGACAGACAUGCUGGAGACCUGAUCCUCCGCCCACUGCUUGUUUGUGCCACUCCUGUGGGUCUGGGCGGUUUUUACUGAGCACAAUAAAGAGUCUUGAGUUAA